CAAAAAGAGCGAAAUUCAAUUCAUCCCCAAAAGAAUCACGAUCAGGUUCACUUCAGCAAUGGCGUUUUCUUCGGCAUUCCAUGAACGACUCGAACAAAUGGAUAGCACUCGAAUUCAACGCCUCUCCUUACUUCAGGCUGAGAAAGAAUUGCAAGCGCACAAAUCUCGUAUUCUAGCUUCAAAGCUUGCAAAUAUCGGAGCCAUGGAACAACGGUGCUUGCUGUUUGAUCGAAAAAUUGCAUCGCAGAAUUUCAACAUUUUGUCUCUUAAGUCUCAAAUUGAGAACCUCGAAGCGAAAUAUGAUUCACUUUGGCAAGAAUUUAGGUCAUUGCAGAAUGAGGUGGAUGAGAUUGAUGAGUUGCACAAAAUGAAAGAUAGGUUUUAUGAGGCAAAGAAGAUGGAAAUGAAGGAAUUCAAGGAAUUGGCGGAGAAGUUUGUGAUGAAAUGUGAAUUUGAAGUUCAGAGUUUGAGGAAUGCAGUCAAUGAGCUGAGGUCCUCUUUCAUGGAUUUUAAAAGCAACAAAAGGAACUCGUGUAAUUCUGAGAUAGCUGAUGCUGAAGCGAGGAGGUUGAGACUCUUGGCUGAGAAGGAAAAUGUAUGUAGAAAUGUCGAAUCUAACCACCAAAUAAAAGCACAGUUGCAAAAGCAACUUCAGAGUAUUAUGUGACACAAGCAAGCUCAAGAUAAGGGAAUGGGGUUGAACACUACCUAGCUGGAGUAACUUUGCUAAAGACGUGUCCCUCUUCGCAUAUCUCUUUAGACCUUAGAAACCUGCCACCUUCAACUGGUUUAGCUUGCACUUCAUUGAUAGUUUUUUAGGAUAUGUACUUUGGAUUGACGAUAUAGAGUAGAAUGAAGUUGAUUGGGAUAAACUAUGAUAACCCCCCUCUUUUAAAAUCUAACAUAGUUCAUUCCACUUCAUUCUACCCUAUACCACAAAUGCAAAGAUACAAACACUUUCAGCUUUCAGGGGCUCAGCCAUUCAUAGUGUGAAAAAAUGGAAUAGUCUGAUGAGAUGUGCUUAAUCAGGUGAGAGACAAACUGUGUCAGUUAUCUCUGCGAGAAAAGGUCAAGCAAAAAAACUUUGAUCGUGGUUUGCGCAGAUUUUUUUUUUGUAAUUGUAAAAGGGUUUGCACAGAUUGUUAAUUGUGCGUGGCAUAAACGUGUUUAGGAUUAGGUAACAGAAUUGUUAAUUGUGCAUGACAUAACAAUGUUUAGGAUUAGAUAUACAAUAUGGUUUCCGGUGUGCCUGAGUAUCGAACCUAGGUAAUCAAAGUUGAAAAGUGAAUUUUCAACCAAGUUAGGAUUAUGGAGACUGACUUUGAUUUCUAGGUUAUACAUUAUGAUUACAGCCCUAGUAAUGUUCACUUGAUGAAAGUUUUCAUACAUUAGAUGAUGUUACGGGAUUUGAACU